UGACAGACUGCUUUCCAUGCUUUGUCUUAGGCACACAGUGCAAGUGCCCUCAGCUGUUGAACUGAGUGUCAGCCGUCAGUUCUUUCAGCCCCACAGUUUGAGACAGCUUUGUGAUGGAUCAUCUCUUUUAGCCAGGGUGCUACCAGUGCUUUGCUCAUUGUCUUCCUCAUUGUGGAAAACCUGUUGUGCCAUCCCCCAGGCAGGCAGUGUCCUGCAGCUGGGCUGUGGAGGGCUGGGCUGGGACAGGGACUGCUGCGUUCCCUCACAGCUCCCCUGCCAUUUCUCUUGUCCCUGCAGGCUCCAGUUGGACUUCUGCCUUCCGGCCGUGAUCAUCUCACCUGCAGGAGAGCAGCAGAUGGCCACAGCACAUCCGUGUCAGGAGCCCGUGAGCUUUGCGCAGGUGGCCGUGUAUUUCAGCAGGGAGGAGUGGGCGCUGCUGGACCCUGCGCAGCGAGCGCUCUACCGGGACGUGAUGCUGGAGACGUACCAGUGCGUGGCCUCACUGGGUGAGGGCUUUGCUGCCUUUCCUCCUUAUUUGGGGCACCGUGUGCUAUUUCUGGAUUUCCUCUGUCAUCCAGGAGGAGAGGAGAUCACAAAUAGAAAAGAGAAUUUGCAGGAAAUUGGUGUGGUCCAAAGGCAGUGGGGUAGUGUCUCUGUGGGAAUAAGGAGAAAGGAUGUCCAAAGUGGCCUGGAGCAAGGAGAGCGUUUCAAGAAGUCACUGGGAAACUAUCCAGGAAAGAGAGCAAGGAACCCGGUGGGUCUCAGUGCAGGUCAACAGCAGCCUAUAGAUGCCAGGAAGAGAGAAGUACGCUGGAAGAAAAAACGGAACUCAAGUAAUGAGCACGCAAAAAGCGUUAAAAGAUAUUCCAGACUUGCUAGCAACCAGCACAUACACUCAGGGGAGAGACUGCACAGGUGCUCUGACUGUGGAAAGAGCUUCAAAUGGAGAGCCCACCUUACGAUACACCAGCGCAUCCACACAGGAGAGAGACCUUUUAAGUGCUCUGAGUGUGGGAAGAGCUUCCGAAGCAGUUCCAACCUCAUUGUCCACCAGCCCAUCCACACAGGAGAGAGACCCUUUAAGUGCUCUGAGUGUGGGAAGAGCUUCAAAAGGAGUUCCCAUCUCGUCUGCCACCAGCGCAUCCACACAGGAGAGAAACCCUUUAGUUGUCCUGAAUGUCCAAAGAGCUUCAAACACAGUUCCACACUUUACUCCCACCAGCUUAUCCACACAGGAGAGAGACCCUACAAGUGCCCUGACUGUGGGAAGAGCUUCAAAAGCAGUUCUGCCCUCACCAACCACCAGCGCAUCCACACAGGAGAGAGACCCUACAAGUGCCCUGACUGCUGGAAGAGCUUCAAAAGGAGUUCCCACCUCACCUACCACCAGCGCAUUCACACAGGAGAGAAACCCUAUAAGUGCUCUGAGUGUGGGAAGAGCUUCCAAAGCUGUUCCAAUGUCAUCCGCCACCAGCGCAUCCACACAAGACAGAGAACCUACAAGGGCCCUGAGCGUGGGAAGAGCUUUAGAAGCAGUUCUAGACUCAAGUCCCACAAGCAAGUACACAGAGAAAGUGAUUAUAGAAGCCUGUUGUGGUGUAACCCAGCAGGUGGCUCAGCACCAUCAAGUCCUUCGCUCACUCCUCCCUUUCCCAGCUGGUUGGGGGAGAGAACAAAACCAAGAAAAGAUCUUAGUAGGACUUAAGAGUUGAGUUCAAGCUUUUUACUGAGAUAAAGGACAAGGAUAAAUGUUACGACAGUGUGCAUAUAUAUAUGAAUUGUAUAGCAAGUGACGCGCUGGGAACUUCUCUGGUUUCUGCCCUUUAAGUGUCCUGAUUGUGGAAAGAGGUUCAAAAGAAGUUCCCACCUCGCCCACCA